AUGGCAGAGGGGAGUUCACUGUUCACUGAGCCCAGCAGGAGAGGGGAGGGUUGCUUGUUACCGUGGGCAUUUGGAGAGAGGCACGGUGAUCACGUUGCGGUCUUCUCGGCCCGCGCCUAUUUGAGGGCACGCUCCGGCCACCCGGACUACCACCUCACUUGCUCAAAAGUUCCCUUCCCACCGGAUUCUCUACCGCUCCCUCUCUCCCCACUCCGCUCUCAGGCUCCCCAGCCCAGUCCCCGACCGCCCCCGAGCAGCCUCCCGUCGCAGCGCAGCCGGACGUCCAUGGCAGGGUCAUUGAUUAUUAAUGGCAAGAUAAUUUCUGCAAUGAUUAGAAACUCAACUAGAGAAAUCAAGGAAUUGAUCGCAGCAACAUGGAAGGAGUGCCAAAAUUGCCAAUAUCACAUUUAUAAUGGAGAUGUUUCAUCUCAGUGGUCAGGACUCCCUGUUGGUGUUAAGUUUGAUCCAACUGAUAUGGAACUGCUUGGACACUUGGAAGGAAAGGUUGGGAGGGUAGCAUCCCAUGUACUAAUAGAUAACUUUAUUCCAACGAUAAAGGAGGAGGAAGGAAUCUGCUAUACACAUCCCGAAAAUCUCCCAGGUAUCAAGAUGGAUGGAAGCAGCAGCCAUUUCUUCCACAAAAUAUCAAAUGCUUAUGAAGUUGGCAAGCGCAAGCGUCGCAAGAUCAGGAAUAGUAAUGCCAUUGAUUGCGAUGAGAAGUUCACAUGGAAAAAGACUGGAAAAUCUUCACGCAUCUUGGAUAAUGGCGUCAUAAAAGGCUGGAAGAAAAUACUGGUUCUUCACAAACACUACAAUGGAAAGAAAGUUAAAACUAACUGGACGAUGCAUCAGUGUCACCUUGGGGUAGAGGUAGGUGAAAAGCAGGGGGAGCUUGGUGUGUCGAGAGUCUUUUGGAAGGUUAAAAACAACAAUGGGAAGUCGCAGAUGCAUGUUGCGGAUGCCGAAUCCGGUUCAUCUGCUGUGGAAAUCAAUCCUACAACCUCAAAUAUGUACCCUCCACAGCCUCACCACCUAAGCGGUAGUCCAUUGGAAAUGGAGCAGAAUCAGGAUGAGGAAGAGCCCCGAUCAUCUGCUGUUCAGGGCUAUGCGGCAAUGCCUCCGCUGUGCAACGCUGACAUCCAUGAGAAUCCGACGCCUCUCGACUUCCCCGGUAUAGAAAUGCUCGGCGAAUUACCUGACUUGGAUCCAACGUUCUUGGCAACGCUUCCUGAGUUGUUCGAUCUCAUUGAUAGCCCCGACUGGCCGUGCGGAAAUGAGGCAUAG